AUGGAGCAGUUAUAUAUACUAGAGAAAGAAAUCAAAGAAUUACGGCAAAAAUUAAGGGAAAAAGAGGAAGAAAUGACUAUAAUUCGACGCGAGUUGUUUGGCGGUCAAGGAGACUUCAGAGCUUGGAUCCCAGGCCAAGGUCCAUUAAAUACCAGCGCUACAGAGGCUGGUGGAGUCCAGUGCGGUUCACUGCCCAAAUGGGCUAUAGAGAGGUACAGUAGACAGAUCCUGUUAAAAGAUAUAGGAGUUUUUGGUCAGACGAGGAUCUGUGAAGCCAAGGUGCUGAUUGUAGGCGCUGGGGGCUUAGGAUGUCCAUCGGCUAUGUACCUAGCCGCCGCUGGAGUUGGUGAAAUCGGCAUAAUAGAUUAUGAUGUAGUGGAAUUGACGAAUAUACAUCGGCAAGUACUGCAUUUUGAACAAGAUGAGAAUGUUAGCAAGGCUGAGUCGGCUGCGUCUACCCUUAGAAGUAUAAACUCCCGCAUCAAAGUGACCCCGUAUAAUUUACAACUGGACUCUAAGAACGCGACGGACAUUGCUUCACAGUACGACAUCAUACUGGAUUGUACUGACAAUGUACCCACACGGUAUAUGUUGAGUGAUCUAACCUGUUUUAUUAAGAAGCCCCUAAUCUCGGGCAGUGCUCUCAAAAUGGAGGGUCAACUAACGAUAUACGGAUAUAGAAGCGAAUCUCAUAAAGAUGACAAGGGUACCACAUACCGGGGUCCAUGUUACCGCUGUGUGUUCCCUACGCCCCCCUCUCCGGAUGUAGUGGGGUCCUGCUCAGCUCAUGGCGUCGCUGGACCAGUGCCAGGAGUUAUAGGUAUCUUACAAGCUAUGGAGGCUCUGAAAAUAAUUCUAGAUAUGUCACCGGACAAGUUGCUUGUUGAAAGAAUGUUGAUAUUCGACGCAGAAGAUAUGACUACUAGAACUGUUCGUCUCCGCAAACGCAAUCCUACAUGUGCGACGUGCUCAGACAAUCCUACUGUGACGCAACUAGUCGACUAUGAAGCUUACUGCUCAGCCCCCGCUAAUGAUAAGAAGAAACACGAAGCGAGAUUGAGAACAGAGAGAAGAAUAGAAGAAAAACAAAAACGAAUGACAGGACAGAGUUAUUUUGGUUUCAGAACACAAAAAGAAGGAACAAAGAACAAAUGGAUACAAGACGUCCAAAAAUCAGAAAGAAGAUUAGGCCCUCCUUGUAAUUCCGACUUCUGUUCUAGAAGUAAUAGAAGAUAUUGCAAGAAGUUUACGGAAUUGGAUAGAAUGGAUAUUUUUCAGAGCUUCUGGAAGCUAGAAUGGGUAGCGAAGAAGAAUUAUGUUCGUUCUUUAAUAGAUCUUGUGCCGAUUAAACGAAGAAGAUUAUGUGUAAAAAAUUUACAAUGUAGAAAAUUGGAUUCUAAAAUGUAUAACUUGUAUUUUAAAACUGAAAAAGUUCAAGUUUGUAGAGUUAUGUUUUUGAACACCCUAGGUAUCAAAGAAGCGAUGGUCAGAAGUUGGUUGGCCCAAAAACCGAUGAGAAAAACCGUAAAAAACCGAUUCAAAUCGCAAAACUUAAUCGAUUAUAUCGAUAAGUUACCAAUAAUCGGUUCGAAAUGUCAGAUGUGUGUGAAUUUAGGUUCAAAUGUUAAAUAUAUAAACAUAAACGUAAAGAAUCAAUUUGUUUUAUAUAAAAUGUACGUUAAAGAUGUUAUUUCGAAAGAUAUGAAACCGGUUUCAAGGAAGACGUUCUCGAAAGUUCUUUAUGUAAAAAAUUUGAGGAUUUUCAAACCGAACAAUGAUAGCGAUGUAUGCGAUUUGGUUAAAGAACAUAAUAAUUCUAUGAAUUUUACUUUUAAUGACGAUUAUUAUCAAAAUGUUGAUCUUGAAGGACAGUGGACUUGA